GGAGGAAAUUCUAAUUUUUCAGAUUCCUCUUUGCAGGCUUGAUGUAAACAUCCUGACUGAAUCAUGCAGCAGGCAUCUUGCAGAGGUAUUCAGGAAAAACCAGAGAUUGAGAGACUUAGACUUGUCACUCUGGAACCCAUAUGAGAAAACAAUGGAAUUGCUGUGUGAUGGGCUCAAACAUCCAGAAUGUACAAUAGCGAAACUAAGGGUUGAUGUAGGCAUCCUGGCUGAAUUAUUCAGCAGCCAUCUUGCAGAGGUACUAAGGAAAAACCAGAGACUGAGAGAGUUAGACUUGUCAUUCAGGAACCCACAUGAGAAAACAAUGGAAUUGCUGUGUGAGGGGCUCAAACAUCCAGAAUGUACAAUAGCAAAACUAAGGCUUGAUGUAAACAUCCUGACUGAAUCAUGCAGCAGGCAUCUUGCAGAUAUAUUCAGGAAAAACCAGAGACUGAGAGAGUUAGACUUGUCACUCAGGAACCCAGAUGAGAAAACAAUGGAAUUGCUGUGUGAUGGGCUCAAACAUCCAGCAUGUACAGUAGUGAAACUAAGGUUUGAUGUAGACAUCUUGACUGAAUUAUUCAGCAGGCAUCUUGCAGAGGUACUCAGGAAAAACCAGAGACUGAAAGAGUUAGACUUGUCACUCAAGAACCCAGAUGAAAAAACAAUGGAAUUGCUGUGUGAUGGGCUCAAACAUCCAGAAUGUACAAUAGCGAACCUAAGGUUUUAUGGAGUCAUGAUGAAUGAAUUAUUCAGCAGCCAUCUUGCAGAGGUACUAAGGAAAAACCAGAGACUGAGAGAGUUAGACUUGUCAUUCAGGAACCCACAUGAGAAAACAAUGGAAUUGCUGUGUGAGGGGCUCAAACAUCCAGAAUGUACAAUAGCGAAACUAAGGUACGUUUUUCCUCUUUCAUUUUGAUC